AUCCAGGUUGAUUGGUUGCAGUUCUGCAGAGGCACCAUGCCUGCUGGUGACAACCCGCACUCGAUAUCAGAGAAAAAGGCAGCACUGAGGGAGUCACCUAAGCAAUCCAAGAAUGAUGUUAAUCAGCAAGCCAGAGCUUCUACAUUUCCUAAAGACAAAGUUGCUGGGACCGUUGGCAUCAAGAGGCCGCAACCUAACGCCCCCCUGAGCCUAACCAACCAGCACGCGCCAGGAAAUCCUGGGGCAAAUGGCCAUCUCGUGUAUGUGCGCAGGAAGCUUGAAACAGACCAAAACAAAGGAGGCGCUUCUGCUGGUGCAGAGAGUGCCAAUUCUGUGAGCUCAAAGAAACCUGCUACUGGUGGACCGCAGGAGCAAAGUUUGAAGCUUCAGAACAGUGCAACUCAUGCCCAAGCAGCUCCUGUUUCCGCGUCUCCUGCUGCAGCUGCUGCUACCGCCAAUGCGUCUCAUACUCAAUCAGCUCCUGUUUCCGCGUCUCCUGCUGCAGCUGCUGUGUCUCAUACUCAAUCAGCUCCUGUUUUUGUGCCUCCUGCUGCUACUGUCCCUGCUUUGCACCCUGCAAGUUUGCCGGCUCACCUCUCUCUUGCGAAAGAGUCUCCAGGAGUGGUUACUGCUACCACCCCUGCAUUGCACUCUGCAAUUUUGCCAGCUCACCUUUCUCUUGCGAAACAAUCUCCAGGGAAGGCUACUGUUCAUCCAGGUGUUGUUGUGACUGCUAGUCCGCCACACCGCCAUGUUGUGUCUACCGCAAUGCCUCAGAACCUUACAGCUGCUAAUACAUCGCCUUGUAAUGUUGCGGCUACUAGUACAGCACCCCGCGAUGCUGUAGCUACUACUACAACACGUAAUCCCGCCAAUCCGCAAAGGUCAGGCGAUCCAGAUUGGAAAGCAAGGUUUCUUCGGCUGCAGGCAUUCCUGAGGAAUAAUGAGCAAUCAGGACAGGAAGAAUACAUCCGCAUGCUCCAGUCUUUGUCAUCUGCUGGCCGGAGCAAGCAUGCCAUUGAGCUGGAGAAACGAGCAGUGAAUCUCUUGAUCGAAGAAGGAAAGGAGCUGCAAAAGAUGAAAGCUCUGAAUGUACUUGGGAAGCUUCCGCCCACCGACCAUCCAUCGCUACCAACUCAGCCAACUUUUGGUAUGCGUCUGCCGUUCCAGCCAUUCCCAGCCCGCCGCUGAGAAGAGCGGAAAAUCAGAUACGUCACCGCAUAACGAGUGUUCUGAAGCUUUCUCAUGACGAACUCUUGCCCCCUGAAUGCUGCAACAUGGUCAGUGUGUUUUUUGCCUGUGUGAGCUGUGAGCAUAAGCUUUUCAUGCGUAUGUCCAAGACCUAAUGGUAGCUGAACAGACAGCCCUCUCAUGGUGCCGAAAGCGCAUAAUAGCGGUGCACCUAUGCCCGAACUUUGAUGGAUCUGAUGUAACCAUGAACCCCACAGGUAGAUAACUGCUGUGAACAUGGGGCAUGUGGUUCACAGGCUCCCCUAAUCUCUGACCAGCAUAUUCAACGGGUUGCACUGACGUAGGCAGUGCCAGUAUUAUUUGUGCGCGUUGCA